AUGGUUUUUCGGUUCUCGGAAGACAUGGAUAAGGAGCUCAUGUGCGAGGUUAUCAAGCAGAGACCGUUCGCAGCCAAAUACGGUGAGACUGGUACAGUGUGGGUACAAGUUGCAACGCGUGUGAGUGCUUCCAUAAAGGUCGUAGUGAUAGACAAGCAGGUUCAAGAUCGAGUUCGACUCCUGAAGAAAAAUUGGCGUGCAGGAGAACUGCGAGCCACAUUAGGCAGUGGUAUUGAAGAAGCCAAGGACGCAACGGACGUACAAAGUCAUUACAAUACGUUGGCUGGGCUAGUCGGGCAAUAUGUUGCAUUGGAAACCGAAGCUAUUACACGUCGAGCUCUGCGUGGUGAAUAUCUGCUAUCUAGCGACUCGUCCUCGGAGAGUGAAGACGACACUUCUUCUGUGGCAUCAACACAGUCUGUCGCUUCGCAAGCAAACACCACCAGGACAGUCACCUCUACACGUCGUAAGAGCACUUACCAACUAGAAGUUGAUAGACAAGAAAAACGUAUACGACUGGAUACGGAGAUGCGUCGGGAUCGUUUGAACGAGAGCGUGACCAAGCUCGAGAACGUGCCGAAUUUCGGCUUACACAAGCGCGCGAACAAUCCGAAGAGCGGAACAGACAACUGA